AGGCGGCUGGGCUGCUGCGGGCGCCGGCUCGGCCCGCCCUCUUCCCGCCGCCCCGCCCCGCGUCUCCGCCGGCCGGCUGCUGUCAGCUCCUUCAGCGUCCGGCCGAGACGCUGUGUAUGCUGAGCCGCUGCGGCCGCAGGCUACUGCACGUCCUGGGCCUUAGUUUCCCGCUGCUGACCCGUCGGCCGCUUUUCCUUGGCCCUCACCGCCUCAUGAAACCGCUGGUUGUGUUCGUCCUCGGCGGUCCGGGCGCCGGCAAAGGAACCCAGUGCACUCGCAUCGUCGAGAAAUAUGGCUACACACACCUUUCUGCAGGAGAACUUCUUCGUGAUGAAAGGAAAAACCCAGAUUCACAGUAUGGUGAACUCAUUGAAAAAUACAUUAAAGAUGGAAAGAUUGUGCCAGUUGAGAUAACCAUCAGUUUGUUAAAGAGGGAAAUGGAUCAGAUGAUGGCUGCCAAUGCUCAGAAGAAUAAAUUCUUGAUUGAUGGGUUUCCAAGAAAUCAAGAGAACCUUCAAGGUUGGAACAAGACCAUGGAUGGGAAGGCAGAUGUAGCUUUCGUUCUGUUUUUUGAUUGUAAUAAUGAGAUCUGUAUUGAACGGUGUCUUGAGAGGGGAAAGAGCAGUGGGAGGAGUGAUGACAACAGAGAGAGCCUGGAGAAGAGAAUUCAAACCUACCUUCAGUCUACAAAGCCAAUUAUUGACUUAUAUGAAGAAAUGGGGAAAGUCAAGAAAAUAGAUGCUUCUAAAUCUAUUGAUGAAGUUUUUGAUGAAGUCGUGAAGAUUUUCGACAAAGAAGGCUAACUCUAGACCUGAAAGCAUCCUUGAAAUCAUGCUUGAAAUAUUGCUUGGAUAGCUGCUAUCACAAUCCCUUUUUAAGUCAAUUUUAAUGUUUCAUAAUUACAUCACAAUUACUGGCCACAAAGUAUAUAAGACAAAUUAAAUUUUUUUAUCUUCUUUUCUUUUUUUUGUCACAGGAAUAGAGAGUGAAUUUGGAUCUAAUUUUGUCUUAGCUAUGGUGCUCACAAAACAAAGAAGGGCAUUAGCUAGUUCUUUGUUUUUAUUCAAUAAGAAAAUCCCUUUUAUAGUUUGUGCCUUCUGUGAGCCAAAGUUUUUGGUAUGUGUAUAUCCCUUUAGUAAUCCCUUUAGUAAUUACAAUGUGUCAGGACUAGGGAUUCCUCAUUUCCUCUUUUUCUUGCAGGUUUUAAAUUUCCAACCUGUUAAGUAAAUUUGUGGACCAAAUUCCAAAGGAACUCUUUGUGUAGUCAGUUCUUGCAUAAUGUGUUUGGUAAACAAAUUCAUAAAAUGAAUUGCUAGGAGUAUUUUAGUAUUUGUCAAAUAAUUGGCCAUAUCCUAUAGAAAGGUAAGGAAACUUAGGCUACAUUUCCCUACAGCUUGUACAGAGUUGUGUGACAGGGCGUAGUUUCUGCUUCCAGGGAUUGGGGUGGGGGCACCGGGGGGUUCAGAGCCUGACAGAAUCGUCAGCUUUAUUCUGACAUAAAUCUGAGGAUAAGGGGCAAGGAUCACUUCUAAUGACGUGUGUUCCUUAUGCUCUAUUAUAUAGUGUUAUUAGUGAUUAAGUUGAUCUCAACAAAAUUUCUAGCAGUGGAAUCUUGAAAUGCAUGUACUAGAUUUAUGGUAAAAUGAGUUUUUUUGGUUUGCUUUCUAGACUAAAUAUAACAUUAGAAUAAAGUAGAAGAAAUAUAAAGGUUAUAUUUCCCAUUUGUAUUUUAUUUUUUUGAUUUUUUUCAUAGUUAUUGUUUAAGAAGAUUUAAAAAAUCACUGCACUUUGGUCAGAAGAAUAAUAAAUAUAUCUUAUAAAUGUUUGAUUCCCUUCCUGGCUACUUUUAUUCAGUAAAUUCUUUUUUCUGGCAUCAUGUUGAAGCGUGGAAAAGUGUAGAAUAAAAGGGGCUAUAGAGUCCAAAGAAAUUUCUUCUUAAAUCUAUUCUUCCUUUAAAAAUUUUUGAGAAAUGUAUUUUCUCCAUUUUUUCUGCCAUCACCAAUGCAAAGUGGUAUUUAAGUUUCUUAUUAUGAGACUUUUUAAAAUGCUUCUCAUCUUCAGCACAUACACUGUUUGGUAUACAGGGUUAAAUUAGGCAAAAUUUUUUACUUUAUAUAAUUAUUAAUAUAAUUAAUUUUUAUAUUUAAAGCCAUUGGGAAUAAUAAGGACAAUUUAUAGAUAUUCUUAUACAGCGGUGGGGCUUAAGUGGGUUUACACUUGUUUGUAUGGAAAAAGACAUGCAGGUCAUGAUUCUUACAGUAGCUUUAUUAGCUCACAACUGUAAACCCACUUUUGCCCACCCCUGUGUUAUAACAGAUUUAUUUAUUUGUAUGUUAUGAAAUUCACUUAUUAAUGAUGGAUUUUCAAACAUACUUGCUGUUAUAAAAACAAAGUGUUCAUAAGUGCCACAACACAUUAGCCACCAAAAUUUGUAUUGACCUUAUCUUGGUUUCUUGGAAGAGAUUGUAAUGAAUUCUUAUCUAGUGUUUCGGUCCAGCCAAUACAGCCUUCUGCACUGGGUAAUUUAAUUAAGCAGCUGUAGUAUGGAGCAAGAGUAAAGGCUUAAGGUUGUGAGUGCAUUCCUACUCACAUAAGUGAAGAAACGCAUGAGAUGGGGAUCUAAAUAUUUAUGUUGGUAUUGUGAAAGCAGCCUUAAUUUAAGGAUUUUAAGAAGACUGUUGAGACUAGGUGCUUUGCUUACUUCCAUCAAAUAUCUUUCUGUAGCAUAAUUACUAAAUUAUGAAGCUCUGCUUUUUGUUUGCUUUUUAAGUAGAAAAACAUGUUAGCAAUAUUGAGUUUAGGAGCUGAUUUGAUUGAGACACAUCUAACUUUACUAGUUAGGUCAUUCCAUUUGUUAAAGAUACAGUCACCAAGAAGUUUUUGACUUUCUUGAAAGACCCCAGUGGAAGCUUUGCCAUU